AUGUAUUUUUCAACUUUUUUAAUGGGUUUGGGAUUCAGUACUGUUAUAACUGGAGUUUGGCCUUAUUUAGACAAAUUAGAUCCCUCAGCUGGAAAAGAAUUUAUGGGUAUUAUUGUUGCUGGGCACCCAUUUGGUCAAAUGAUUUUUGCACCUUUAAUAGGAUGGUGGUCGAAUAAAAGUAAAAGCAUUCUUGUCCCAUUACAGCUUUGUAUUUUAAUAUUUACUUUUUCAAGUGCUUGGUACUCAUUGCUUGAACUUAAUACUAGUCACAGGAAGUACUGGAUGUUCCUAACAAGAUUUUUAACAGGAAUAAGUUCAUCUAAUAUGGCAGUUUGUCGUUCUUACAUAUCUGCCGCUACAACACUUAGCGAAAGGACAAAAUCAGUGUCGAUGAUUGCUUUUUUUCAAGUUUUAGGUUUUAUUAUAGGCCCUGGAAUACAAGCUGGUUUAUCUCCGCUUGGAGACAAAGCCAAUUAUUAUAUUUUUAAUGUCAUACCUUUUAACAUGUACACAGCAGCAGGUUGGUUAAAUGUUUUUCUAGGUAUUAUAAAUAUUUUUCUGUUUUCUCCACUAAUAUUCAAACCGAAAAAAAUUGCUGCAAAAGAAGCUAUGCUAAUGCAAAAUGCCGAGUCUGAAAAAGCUACAUGGAAAGGAAAAAAAACUGACUACUAUUCUGCCAUCACCCUUAUAGUUGCCUUUUUUCUAUUAAAUUUUCACUUUGUACUUUUAGAAACAUUAGCUGCUCCUUUAACAAUGGAUCAGUUUGGUUGGUCUAAGCAAGAUUCAUUAUUUUAUAUAGGAAUAUUAAUGGUCAGUGGAGCUUUAGUUGCUUGCCUUGCAUUUUUUGCAAUGUCACCAUUAACAAAAAAGUUUAACGAAAGCCUUGUAUUGAUAUGGGGUGGAUUUGCAUUUAUGGCAGUUGGUUCGAUAUUUUUAAUUCCUUGGGGACCACAUACACCUCCUAUUGCCAAUGCCUUAUCAGACAAUAUCACAACUAAUGAUUUCAUUAAUAAGACUGAAAGUUUGGGUUGUCCUCCUAGCCAAGAAUGGUGUGCCUACACUCCUGCCUUAACUUUGACUCAAUUUAUUAUUUCAUAUGCACUUACUUCAAUGGGUUAUCCGACAGGUCUGGCAUUAAUACAAUCACUUAUUUCAAAAGUUUUAGGACCUAGGCCUCAGGGAACAUGGAUGGGUGUAAUGGUUGGAAUCGGUUGUUUGGCUAGGGUUAUGGGUCCAGUUUUUAUUAGUAUAAUUUACACAAGAUACGGAACGAUAGUUACAUUUUCACUAACGACAAUAUUGCAAUUUUUAAUAUUGAUUUGGCUUUCAUUAUUAAAUCGAAGAAUCAAUAACGCCAUUUUAGUACAUGUUAAAAAAGAUGCGGAUGUGGAUGAUGGUAAAGAACUUAAAACAUUCAGUCAUUCUUAUUCUGAUAAAGAUGGAGGCGUAAAUGGUAUUUAA